AAAAUCUGUAAAAACUGCUGAUGACGUGGUGACCCAAAGCCGAAUGUGCUUGGCCCAAAGCAGAGGACAUCGAUCCCCCAUUUCCUCUUCGACCCGGACCAACUCCGUCGCCGUCGCCGUUGGGCGUCGGAAUCCGGAAGCGAGAUGGCGCGAGGAGUGGACGCCGAGCAGCAGCACCCCAUGGCGGAGCAGGUGAAGGAGUAUCAGGCGCGAUCCAAGCAAGCCUGGGCAACCGCAUCCUUCUUCUCCUCCACCUCCGCCUCCACGGCCGGCUCCUCGUGGGUUGAGGUGCUCCUCGUGAUAUGUGAACUUGCUUUGUAUGCUCUACUAGUGUUCGCGUGUAUUGCUUUUUAUUUCAGGUCCAUAGGAAUAGCUUUAUCCUUUACAUGUAUUUCUGCACUUCUUUAUCUGUGCAUGAGAUUAACCAAGGAAGAGAGGAAGCACAAGAAAAGUCCUCGAGUCGGCUGCCAGUCUCAUGCUGACCUGCCCAUUGGCCUGGGAAGUUUGGCUCUGCUUUCAUCAAACUGAUCCAAGAGCUGCUGGUGCUGGCACAACGUCGAUGACAAUCAAGGGCUGGUGGAGAAGGAGCUGGGCCCUGCGCAAGCAACCGGAUUUUCGCACACAGAUGACCAUGUCUGGGUACAUGGCCCGGAACCUUUGAGAGGAAGAGGUUAUGGCCAGAGACGAGAUUAGGUCGUUACCGGAGGCUACCACUUAGGCCAUGUUUGGAUCAAUGUUUCCGUUUCAGAUACCUCCGUAAUACAUGCCUCGCUCAGUCGUUUUGUUUCCGGAUGGCAAUUGCUCAUUUUUUUUAUUUUAUUUUUUUGCAAUCAAUUCAGAGAGCUUUAUUCAAACAAGAGCAUUCCUUGGACAGUCAA